GAAGCAACCCGAAUAGAGAGAAGAGAUUCCGUAUUAUAUACGUUUAAUAUUUAUUAUCUAUAUAUUAAUAAUUGCAAACAGUUUAUUUAUUUAUAUUUAUGAUCUUAAAUUACCGUAAAAAUGUUUCAAUUCGGUCCAAAGAAACAUAAAACGGAUGAACCAAUAUUUUUUGAUGGAUUCUGCUACUCACGUUCAAAAAAAUCAGAUGAUAACAAUACAAUAUAUGUUGAAUGUCAUGAUAGGAUAAGCAAAAAAUGUCCAGCUCGAGGAAUAUUAAAUACUGAAGGGUCAAGAGUUCUGUUAACAACAAAUCAUAAACAUGCAAGAAAUUUCGAUGAUCAUGUUAUUUAUACGUUUAAACGUGAUCUUUAUAGAGCAGUAACUUUAAGCUACCGUGAUCUACGUUUAAUAUAUGACGAAAUAACUAUCAGGCACGCUGAUGCAGCAACACUAGUACCCUAUAUUAGUAUUGUAAAAACUAUGCAAACGUGGCGUAAAAAUAAUCGUCCACCAGUUCCUAAGACGCUUCAAGAGUAUGUUGAGCGAUUGAAUUCUGAUUACUGGAGGAAGUUUUUUAUUCCUCCUAAUAGUAAUUUAACUGUUAUUAAUGUUAGAGGAACUGAUGGAUCAGUAGCAACUGUAUUUAUUGAUGCGAAUUUGCUACAAAAUUUUCAAAGUGUUCACCUAUAUGCUGAUGCAACUUACAAAAUAUGUCCACAAGAGCCUAAAAAUAAAAUAUAUCAAUUUUUCACUAUAAUGGCGACAUUCGAUGAUACUGUACUCCCGGUAGCUUGGAGUUUAAUGUCACAUAAAACAAUGGCAUGCUAUGCUGCAGUAAUUAAUUAUUUUAAACAAUCUACACCAAAUCUUCAAGUUUUAUCAGUAACUACUGAUUUUGAAAUCGGCCUACGAAAUGUAUUUCGAAGAUAUUAUCCCACCGCAAUGAUAAAGGGUUGUUAUUUUCAUUAUAUACAAGCUCUGAUAAAAAAAGCAGAAAAGUUAGGAUUGCUUAACAUUUUGAAAAAUUGGGAUGAUGGGAAAGACUUUUUUAAAAAAAUAGUUGCUCUAGCAUUACUUCCUGCGAAUGAGAUUGAAAAUGCAUUCAACUGGUUAAUUGCAACGCACAAUCCAUUUAUCCCGACUUUUAAAAAAUUUCUGGAGUAUUAUGAAUCAUACUGGAUUAACUGCGUAAAACCAAUCCACUUCUCUGUAUUUGGUUUUAUUAAUAAAACUAAUAAUUUCAUGGAAGCAUAAAACCGAUGCUUAAAAUUGCAAUUCGGUAUUCACCCACGAAUUUGGCAAUUUACAGAACACCUAGUAAGACAAUACGAAAAAAUGAAAACAGAACUAAAUUCUUUAAUGAUGUCUCGGCCAGUUCGACAAAUUCAACGGAUUGAAUAUUUUAUUCGAAAAGAAGUACUCAAUAGAGUAUGGGAGUUAUACAGGAACAACGUUUUUGAUUUCAAACGUUUUCUUCAAUGUGCGCAUCAAAUGAUUAAAAUAUUUGUCGAUGAUAAAGUUAUUAGUCAAACAGAUGAAGUUGAUAAUCAUUUGAACGCCGUAAUUAAAAAACAUAUUGCAAUAAAUGACAGUUUAUACGUAACAAUAAAUGAAGAUGAUGAUGAGAACUUUAUAUUUGUUCUAGAUAAAUAAUAUUUUAAUUCUUAUCUAUUAAUAUCUGUUCUCAAUUUAAUUAAUAUUUGUUAAUGAGUACAACAAAUGUUUGGAUUGUGCACCUCAUGUAAGCUUUUAAAAAAAAAUU